AUGACAACCUCUUCAAAUCACACCAACCUCCUCAGAGACCUCUGGUAUACCAUGAUUGGGUUCACAUGGAUGGAAGAUGCUCAUGUAUGGAUCUCCAUCCCUAUCUGCUCCAUGUACAUAACAGCUGUUGUAGGCAAUGUCCUCUUAUUAUUUCUGAUCUUCACUGAACCAGGUCUUCAUGAACCCAUGUACCUUUUUGUCUCCAUGUUGGCCAUAGCAGACCUCUUCCUCUCUACAGUCACCACACCAAAGAUGCUAGCAAUCUUCUGGUUUCAAGCUGGGGGCAUUUCUUUUGGUAGCUGUGUAUCUCAGAUGUUUUUCCUACACUUCAUCUUUGUGGCAGAGUCUGCCAUACUGCUGGCCAUGGCUUUUGACCAUUACAUGGCCAUCUGUUAUCCACUAAGAUACACUGCCAUUCUCACCCCCUCAGUCAUUGGAAAGAUGGGUGUUGCAUCUGUGACCAGGAGUUUUUUUAUCUGCUUCCCCUUGGUUUUUCUGGUUUAUCGGCUUACUUAUUGUGGGAAGAACAUUAUUCGUCAUUCAUAUUGUGAACAUAUGGGCAUUGCCAAGCUAGCCUGUGACAGCAUUAAAGUCAACAUCUACUAUGGAGUGAUUGUGGCCCUCUUUUCCACAUGCCUGGAUGUGGUGCUUAUCAUCAUCUCUUACGUCCUCAUACUUUGUGCUGUGUUUAGAAUUCCUUCCCGAGAUACCCGAAUCAAGGCUCUGGGAACCUGUGGCUCCCAUAUGUGUGUCAUUCUCCUAUUCUAUACACCAGCUUUCUUUUCUUUCUUUGCUCACGGAUUUGGAGGUCACAGAAUACCACUCCAUAUACAUAUUCUCCUUGCUAAUCUUUAUGUGGUGGUACCACCCACUCUCAACCCCAUCAUUUAUGGAGUUAAGACCAAACAAAUUCAGGAGAGAGUUAAACAACUCUUUCCCUUGAGCAAGACACUUUGUUGA